UAGCCGAGACCUCAUUGAUGCACCCAUUCCAGUGGUGUAACGGGUGUUUCUGUGGCCUGGGACUGGUUAGCACCAACAAGUCCUGCUCGAUGCCACCCAUCAGUUUCCAAGACCUUCCCCUCAACAUCUACAUGGUCAUCUUUGGCACAGGCAUUUUUGUCUUCAUGCUCAGCCUUAUCUUCUGCUGCUACUUUAUCAGUAAACUCCGGAACCAGGCUCAGAGUGAACGAUAUGGAUACAAGGAGGUGGUGCUUAAAGGGGAUGCCAAGAAGUUACAAUUAUAUGGGCAGACCUGUGCAGUCUGUCUGGAAGACUUCAGGGGGAAGGACGAGCUAGGUGUGCUCCCGUGCCAACAUGCCUUUCACCGCAAGUGUCUAGUGAAAUGGCUGGAAGUGCGCUGUGUCUGCCCCAUGUGUAACAAGCCCAUUGCUGGUCCCUCAGAGGCCACACAGAGCAUUGGGAUUCUACUGGACGAGCUGGUGUGAGGGCAGCUUCCACACCGAGACCUGGAGAAGACCUCUUGCCUCAUGGGUGCCUGGUCCCUCUGCACA